UUUUUUUUUUAAUGGCAUUUUGUUGAACUUUACCUGUUUUGAGUUGCAUAGCCAGUCAGGUUAUUUCUGAGUGAGGACCUUUCCAAAAUCAAUCUGCCAGGUUACUUCUGAGUGAGGAGCUGUCCAAAAUGACAUGUUAACUGCAUGUUAAAAUGUUAAAAUUUAUGUUAUUGCGGAAGUCACAGUUAAUUCUGUUGAUCAUGAUUGAUCUAUAAUUUUCAUAGAAAACAAUAACACAAAAAUUAUUGAUCCGUACUGUACUGGUUUGAAACCAAUUUAAGCGCAGGUGAAGACCCUAUAGUUUUCAUUUGGGAUGCAUGUGAAGAGUGGGUCUACACGCUCCACCAAAUGCAAUGAUUGUGAACUUUUCGUAGCCCUAUACUAUAGAUCCAUCUUCACCAUAUGGUUGUAAUUAAAAAGCUCGGAGGCGAAAUCCACAAUGACCUUCACAAAAUGGGUUCUGCUUAUUAUGGUCUGUGCAGCGGUUGCAGCUCAAGCCAGGGCAUGCAGGGCCAGAUGUGAAAAUCAUCAUUACAGCUGCUCUAAACGCGGAUCGUUUCCGUGUCCUUCUCGCUGUCCGCGGAUUUGCUACGUCAACUGCAAGCGCUGCAAGGUCAAAUGCCCCGUGGAGAGCACCCGACGUCUGUCUGAAGCAUCUUUGUCUGCGGCCUGUGACAAGCCGGGUGCGGUGUGCCACGACCCGCGGUUCAUAGGCGGGGAUAGCAGUAUGUUCUAUUUCCACGGCAAAAAGGGCAAAGACUUCUGCCUUGUCUCCGACAAAGAUCUGCACAUCAACGCGCACUUCAUGGGCAAGAGCGCAACGCAGGAGCAAGAGCUGAAGCACGACUUGACGUGGGUGAAGUCUAUCGGCGUGCGCUUCCGUUCCCAUCAAAUCUACCUUGGAGCCAACAAAGUUGCCCGCUGGGAAAGCGCCCUGGAUCAGCUCACGCUCCUUGUCGAUGGGCAAAGCGUUCUUCUCCCGCCCCGUAGAGGCGCCCAGUGGGAGGACCGGUUGAGCCCGUUGAAGAUCACACGUGUACUGAAUGUUAAUGCUGUAAUACUGCAAGUGCCACACAAAUUCAGUCUAACGGCCUGGGUGGUUCCCGUUACGGCCGAGGAGUCUAGGGUUCAUGGCUACGGGAUGACUGAAGAUGACUGCCUUGCGCACCUGCAGCUGAAUUUUAAGUUCUAUGAGCUCAGCCCUAAUGUGAACGGCGUUUUGGGGCAGACGUACUCUUCUGGGUUUAAGAGCCACUUGAAGGUGGGCGGUGUUAUGGAAGGGGAGGAUAAAUUUGCAGUGUCGCAUCUCUUUGCUACGGACUGUAAGGUUGCCAGGUUUGUCGAAGGAAUGGAAUCGCGGCUCGGGUUCUUUAGGUUGUCCCCCACGGUUUAAUGCGACUGGCCGGGGUAUUGUGUGCCGCUGUUAGAAAGUGAAGGGUACUUAAGCCUUCUAAAUAAACGUAUUAUUAUUAUUAUAUGUGAGGCUGUUAGAACCAUGUCGUGUGGGCAAUACAGCCAGGGAAUUGAGCAGGUGAGAUUAUAUUUAAAGCUGCUCUGUUCAGUGACGCUGAACGCGUUGAGGUUGGCCGUUUAAGAUCAAUGUAUGGUUUAUCACUGUACUACUGUCAUCAUUAUAAUAUGUGGGGCUGUUGAUUAUUAUGUUGAAA